AUGCGCUACAUUGACCAACCGGCUGAGGAAAGGACACAUAGUCAAGUAAUCAGAGACAUGCAUAUUGCAUACAUCACAGAAAACACAGUGAAUGGUUUCAAGGGCCCAUCGGCUUUAAUGAGCCUUAAAGGUUUCAACCUUGUCAAGGGAGUCAGCGUCGAAUACAUGCACUGUGUUCUGCUAGGAGUCGCAAGGCAGAUAAGCGAGGCCUUGUUCAGUACAACUGACUGUUCUGAACGGUAUUACGUCGGUAUCCCAUCAUCUGUGAGAGAAGUUAAUAACCGCUUGUUAAGCCUUCAAUCUCCUCACUGCAUCACACGUCUACCCCGUCGCAUCGAUGACAGGGCUCAUUGGAAGGCUUCAGAAUGGAAGCACUGGCUUCUUUUCUACGCCCUGCCAUGGCUUGAUGGCCUGAUCCCCCAUGAGUACUGGCGUCACCUCGUAAAGCUGUUGGAGGCAGUACAUAUUCUGUUUAGAGAAGAGAUAUCUACUCAGCAGAUAGACCAUGCAGAGCGCCUUCUGUCAAUGUUUGCAGCACGCUGUGAGGCACUGUAUGGUGUGACAGCAGCGACGUUUAAUGUGCACCAGCUCUACCACCUUGCAGAGAGUGUUCGAUAUUUGGGGCCAUUGUGGGCCCAUUAUGCCUUUUCAUUUGAGAGUGGGAAUGGGCAUCUUGUAAAGUCGGUGACCGCUGCUCAUGGCCUGCCCCAUCAGAUUGUUGAGCGUGUGGUUAUGGGGCAAUAUCUAGAGCACUUCAUUGCCACUGCAAAUAUCUCGGAAGAGGACAGGGCAGUUAGUGAUAGUUUCCUUGGACACCCACAUAUCCAGAAUGCAGUUGAAGAAGGUGGUGCAACGUUUCUUGGCCUGAACAAGCAUGCUACACUCAGUGCUUCCGAAAUGCAAGCACUCAGUGAUACUCGCUAUGGUGGCAGUAGUAUUGAGUGCUACGAGAGGCUUGUAUUUAAGAAACAGAUGUACCACAGCACACUGUACAAAAGGCGAACUAAAAGUGACAGCACAUUUGUGCAAACAUCAGAAGGCUUCUUCCGCAUAGAGAAAAUGGUUCGUGUGUUGUUGAGGGCAGGUCACACUUGCUUGCUGCUGUGCCGAGAAGUCCUUUUCCUGGAUGACCAACGCUUCCCGCAGCACAUCCGGCCACGUUUCCUGUCAGCAAAGGCUCCACCAAAAGUUCUCAGGCCAUCAGACAUCUUAAAAAGCUUUGUGUACCUAGAAUUCAGCAACACACGCAAAGCAUUUUUGUGCCCUGUGCCUAACAUGAUUGAGAGAGACUGA